CGCCCCAAUCUCUCUCUUUGCAACUCCCCAAUUGCCUCCAUCUCUAUUCUUGGUCUCAACUCUGAACUUACGCCCCCCCCUCUCUCUCUCUCUGUAACUCCCUAAUCGUGAUGACACGUGCCCCUCCUCCUCAACCACCCCUCUCUCUUAGCAACUCUGCCUCCAAUCUCUCUGUUACUUUUCUCACUUUCUUUUUCUACGUACCUAUACCAUACCAGUCUUGAUUGAUCAGAAUGGUGAAGCUUGUAUCGACCCGAGAGAGUCGGAUAUAUGGACCCUAGCUGGCUCGAAACCGGUCCGAGUACAUGAACGCCGGCUUAUACGUGUUCGCCACCAUUGUUCUUCUCUAUGGCUUCGCUGUUCAGCUCUCCAGCGAGCCGAAAUCGGGUUUGGUUCUUAUACUUAUAGGCUUAGCUCUCAUAAUCUUUGUGAACGUUCACGAUCUCCUUGCUCAUCUUGCUGGCAUCGAUUACCGGUUGCCGUUGAUGGAAUUCGACGUCCAGCUCGGCCUCGUCGAGUUCCCCAUCCCCGUGGUUCAGAUUACAUCUAAACUUCUCUAUUUCUUGGGGAUUCUUUUUAUUUUCAUUCAGGAGCAGAAAAUAAAAGAGGGUCAGUACAUGAUGGGUCUAAAAGAUGAGAUAUUCUAUUUUUCUUUGUUUAUUACAUACGCUUUGCAGAUUUUGAUGCCGAUAUUCCCUGGGCAACAACGUUAUAUUCGUAAGAACUUGUUCCAUACAGUUUUUAUUGUGGAUCCUGCAUCCAUUUGUGGACUUGAGGCAAGUUUUAUUGUGUAA